CUGUAGAUACGUCUCUAACGCGUACGACAAAUGCCUGAACUGAGUGUUUUUGUAAGCGAUCCUGCACUAAUUGACAAACAAGUCUUUCACUUAUGGCUCUGCGGCUUGACUGUGGAGAAGGCUGUAAGUGCACGGUUGAGCGGUGCUGAUGGACGUCAACCGGGAGUCACAGAGAAUCUACUCAGAUUGGACACAAAAGACCAAUUUGCUACGUUUGUCAUGUUAGAGCACUACCUUCAGCAACCAUUACGGCUUGACGGUCAGAGGAUUUUCCAGUUGCCGCCAAACUUCCAACAGGAACUUAUUCAAAUAUAUUACUCGUUUGAUGAAGCCGUUGUUCGUGAGCUGUUGGGUAAAAAGUUUAGCUCGAGACAACGAAAGGAUCUUGACGAUAUUGAGGAAAAGUCGGGUGUUCCUCUUAGGAGUUGCAGACGUCAGUUUGACAACAUGAAGAGAAUCUACAAAGCAGUGGAAGACGUGGAAGGCUCUUUAGUCGAAAGCAUUUGCAGACUAUUUCUCCUACCCGAAGUACUGGCAAGGAAAUAUGCAUGUAUUGUGUUCAUGACGAGUUGUAGAUUUGAAGUCGGAAAGAAACGACUGGCAUAUUUGUCGUUCGAUGACUUUGCUUUUUGUACACACCAAAUGAUGGAACACUGGACAUCAAGAAGCAAAGGAGACGCUGCUGUAGACCUCGAUCGUACGUUUCUUCGUCAAAUUGCAGACUUGAAGGGACUGAUGGGCGACAAAGAGAGUCUGGAGCAAUACAGAGUACUUGUUGCCAGCAAACUAGCAGUGCAAGAACAGAUGUCUAAGGAAGCACAGUCGGUCAUUGGUGGGAAUUUCAGAACGUUGUUCAAAGCGCUUCUCAAAAUUGGCGAAGGACUCAUCCACAGCAAGGAGUUAAAAGAUUUCUUUUCUGAUCUCGUUGAGAAGUUUAUUGAGCCGUGUCGUAGUUUGGAUCUCGGCUUGAACGAUGUUGAUGCUUUGUUGAUGUGUGCGAUUGAAGUAAAUCCGCAACUGGAUGUAAUGAGCCCACGGGUAAAUUGUUACGGAAGAGUGAGGGGAGUGAGAGGAAUGAGUAUCAUCAGGAGGGAGAAGAAUGGAGGGAAUUUCUCUUGCCUUGUUUAAGUACGAAUGGAGGGAAUUUUGUCUUAAGUGCAAAAGAGUGACUCGAUGUAUGUUUGUUGAAGACUUAUUGAUAUUAAUUUCUCAAACACAAGUACUGUAUGUCUAAAGUUUGUUUUAAGCAUUUACUUAUUAUUGUCUUUUGUUCUGCACUGCAAAUGGAUGAGCACCUUGUGCACUGAACUUUAAGUGUGCACUUACUUUAGUGCACAUGGUAUUGUCAUGUGACAGCAACACGAUGUCGUUGAUCUGAAAUUCUAAAUUUGUGUACAGUACUGCGAAUAGAAAAUUCAGAUAGUUUACUUGCCCAUCAGAUUUAGUGUUAAUUAACAAACUUCUAAACAGGUUUGAAAAGGGUUACCAAUUUUUGUGUUUGGCAUGAGUAAUUAUAGUGUUACAGAAAGCCAAUACAACAAGCUUCCUAGUGCUUUCUAUGACUAAUUCAUUGAAUGAAGCACUAUAGUGCAAACCCUCUGCAUGCCAUAGCUCUGCAGCUCGAUUCACAUCCACCAUAUUAAACAUACGGGACAUUUAUUUGGUCACGUGUUAUGCGGUUGCCUAGCAGGUUGUACAUACACUGUACAUAUGGUCGUACAUCACGUGACCGGCACACACUACUGUACCUACUGUACUUCGGUAAUCAUUUAAAUCUAUUGUAAACACAUUCAUAGGGCUUAUCUCAUCCGAUUUGGAAAUGUAUGAGAGUAGAACAGGCAUAGUUGGAGAUGCACCACCUCUAACGUUAGUGCACAAAUGUAGAUGGAAUUUUUUUAACUGAUUGAAACAAUGUAUAGCGACGUACCAUGAGAAGAAUAAAUUUCAGGACUGACACUGCAGAUUGUGUAUACAGUAGGAUUGCGAUGUUAAUUUUUGUAAUUUUAAUUUUUUGGAUUAUUAGUGAAUGUUACAGUAUGUAGUAGUAAAUGUUUGCAAAUUUUAAUUUUGCGAUUUCUUUUUACAUAUUGCAAAUAGCGAAACUAAAAAUACCGGAAAACAUUCCAAUUCUACUGUAGCUGGCUGGCUGCUACU